AUGACCUCAUCUUCGGGUAACAGGAAGUAUCCUCCGCGGCUUUACCAGAUUGGUAAAACACCGAAUCAAAAUAGGAGCAUGAACCACAGUUGUUUUCUAGGCAACUUACAAACGCUGAGAGAGAAUGUCGGCGAAGACGUUUGGGACGAGUUGAGGGAAUCAGCUGUAGGUGUGAUUAUCAAGCUGAAGGAGUUGGAUUACACUUGGUCCGCAAAACAUGUUCAUUACUUUCUCGUGAAUCAAUUGGCGGUUCAGAGCAGUCAUGAAGUUUGGUCUUUGAUAGUAGACCAGCCAAUGAGGUUCUCUUUGUAUGAGUUUGGAGAUAUUACCGGGCUGAAUUGUGAUCCCUAUGACACUGAAGAACAGUGGGAUGUGGCUCAUGAAGAUUUUUGGUUGAAGAUGAAAGUUCCAAUUUCUGAAGGACCCAAGUUGAAUGAACUUCAAGCGCUUUUUUCGGUCAUCGGAAACUGGCCUAGAGAGGAGCGUGUAAUGGUUGGCUUGUUGUGUCUACUAUCCAUUGGGAUAUUUGGCAUUUCAAGCAAUAGUAGAAUACCUCUGCAUUUGGCGAAAAGGGUGAUGGAUCCAGCAGCUUUCCAGCGCUAUCCAUGGGGUCGUGUAGGAUUUACCAGCCUUGUGGAUUCCAUAAAAAUGGUGACAUACGAAGUUGGGAAGAGCUACACACUACAUGGUUGUGUUCAUGCUUUGCUCAUUUGGAUAUACGAGUCUGUGCCAGGUCUAGGAGAGUUAUAUGGCAAUCGGAUAGAGCAAGCUGAGGUUCCACUUCUGUCAUGGCAUGGUUCUCGUCAGCGUAUCAACUUCCCAAACUUCUGUGCACAAGAAAAGAAAAAAUAUCAGAAGAUUCGUAUAAGGCAUAUGAUUGUAAAAGCAAUGGAGGAUAGAUAUCCGAAAUGGGGUGAAGAUGAACCCCAUCAGGAUUUGGAUAACAUGAUAGUUGACAUCCUCAAUGAUCAUCUAAACGAUAAGUUUUGGGAUGUAGUGCCAUCUACCAAGCCCCUGAAGAGAAAAACUCAUGUCACUGCACCUAGUGUUCCCGAUAGAGUGGAUGAGAGCCCCUCCACAAAACGAAAGAGGGAGAAAGAAACUGCUCCAGAAAUGGAAGAAUCUCAUACUGAUAUGCCCACCAUCAACAUCACAAUACAAAAGUUGCUUGAGGCUGUUAACAACUUGAGUGGAAGACUAGAAACCAUAGAUGUUAGUGUAGCUGAAAGGGUUUCUAAGACAUUGGAAGCUUCUGUACAAGCUCAGAUGGAAGCUAGAAUCGGUUUAUUUGAGACUGAGUUCAAGAACAAGAUGGCCAUAUUACAGGAAGAAAUAAAGGUUCUUAAAGGGAAGGAUAAUGAAAAAACUCCAUCCGCUGCCGGCAACUCCAAAGCACACGAUGAAGACGACGCUUGUAGCAACACAAUGUCAUGGAUGGUUCAGACAAAAAAAAGUUCUGUUGAUGGUUUGCCAAUACAACGUAACAAGAUGUUCUUAUAUAAGUGGUACGUGCAAAUUCCUCUGCUUGCCAAUGGAUAG